AUGAGUUUGAUAGAUAGCAGCAUGUUGCUCAUGGUCGCAAGGACCAUUCAACGUGAGCUUUGUUCUUCCAAACAAGUUUCACCUUCAGCCGGACAGAACUUAAGGAUUGAAGUGACAAUCAACCAACUCAACUUGUCACCCCUUUACACCUCAGUGAACCACACCACCAGUCACGAUAAUGAAUAUUUAAAAUCCAGCAGCAAGACAUCCGGAAGUGCUGAUGUUGUCGAGGAGAUCCUGAAAAACUUCUGCAGCCACCCAGUUCCUUUGAUGUACCACGUGGAGGGCGAGGUGUUGCCGGGUCAUCGGUUUGACAAAAAGUUAGUUAAAGCAGACGAAAUUUUUUUAGCAAUUGAUUGUUUAACGAGCUAUAAGAAAGAUGUUGUAUACAGCGGAUAG